UUUCCAAAACUUGGGGCAUCUAUAAAAAAUUACCAAAAAAAAAGUAUCCUCCUGUGAUCUCUAAAUAAGGUGAUUAAGCUGGUUUUUGAGAUCUGAAAGUUUGAAAGAUGACGAGCCAUGUGAGGAUUAUGCUGGUGGCACUAGUGUUGGUUUUUGCGAUUAGUUGUAGUAGUAGUGGCACAGCCAAUGGAGCAGUUUCUCCAGUGACCAAGAAAAAGAUUGAUAAAAUUAACAAGAAGGGACCUUAUUUUGGUAUUGUGGUGCCAAAUGUCUUCGAGCUAAACCCUCUUUUGGAAUCAAACAGUUUUGAGGCUGAUCAGAAACUGCCGUACGUAGACAUUUCAGGAAGAAGAUUUCGGAUCGGCAAGUUAGACAACCAGAAAGUCAUAGUUGUAAUGACAGGAUUGAGCAUGCUUAAUGCAGGUAUAACCACACAACUAUUGGUAAUUCUAUUCAAUGUGAAAGGGGUUAUACUCUCUGGAAUUGCAGGAAAUGCAAAUCCUAAGCUGCAAAUAGGUGAUGUUACCAUUCCCCAAUUUUGGGCACAUACAGGCCUAUGGAAUUGGCAGAGAUUUGGAGAUGGGCCUGGAGAUGAAUUGCCCUUGGAAUCCAAUGGAGACUACACAAGGAAAUUUGGCUACUUAAAAUUCUCUAAUUUCAACAACAAAACAGCAAAUAAGGAUAAUAAUAAUAUGCCUAUUGAAAACCUAUUGAAUAGUGUUUGGUAUCAACCCGAAGAGGUCUUUCCCGUUUUUGGAUAUCCUGAAGUUAGGCAACAUGCCUUUUGGGUCCCAGUUAACCCUCAAUACUUUGAAGCUGCAAAGAAACUAGAGGAUUUGAAGCUAAGAAGUUGUUUGAAUGCAACAACUUGUCUACCAAGAAGAACUGUUGUGGUAAGAGUAAAGAGAGGGAUUAGUGCCAACGUGUUUGUUGACAAUAGGGCAUACAGAGAGUUCUUGAACUCACACUUUGAGGGUAUUACCCCAAUCGACAUGGAGAGUGCUGCCGUGGCCAUAGUCUGCUUCCAGCAAAAAAUUCCUUUUAUUGCACUUAGAGGGCUCUCUGAUUUGGCUGGCGGUGGCUCCUCUCUCUCCAAUGAAGCUGCCACCUUUGCCACUUUGGCUGCUCAAAAUUCAGUGCAAGUUCUAAUCAGAUUGAUUGCUUUGUUGUCAUCAUAGGGCUAUGCUAGGCUUCAGUUAAUUAGUUUCACUUUAUGAAUAAUGGCAAAACAUUAAGCAUUUAUCCAUGCUGGCUAUAAUCAGGUACUAAAACUUUGAUGCACAUGAUAACUAUUUAUUAUCAAGAUAUAUAUUCCUCAAUGUUGGGCUUCAUA